CUGCAUUCGGCAUUGUUUGUCAAAGCCGUGUGGAAAUUACGACGCGCAUCACGGCGACGACGCAGCGAACGCAACGCAGAACGGAGGAACGUAGGGUCAGGUCAGUCAACACAACAGUCGAUGUGAGUGCGCCUCAGCCAGCCAGCCAACCAAACGUCGACGAGUCACGUUUCAAGUGCAAACGAGUCCGCUAGGAGUAGAUUUACAUUAUAUUUUGGAAGCGCCAGUCAGCCACCACUGUCUCUGCCGAUCCGCCGCGUUGAAACAGUGAUCCGCGCCGAGUGCCAACUUGUGCGUGAUUUUCACCUAACUUCAACUUCAUUCAAUUCGAAAAAUGGCUGAAACCAUUGAUAAGCCAGUAGCCACAGAUGACGCGCCGAUGGAGGAGGAAUCCGCUGGCGGAUUUCUCGUCGGUAUCGUGGAAGAAAUCAUCACCAGCCCGCUACACCUCACGCUUGUCGUCCUCAUCGUCUUUCUCAUAUACAAAAUUAUGCGCAACAAGAACCCAGCGACGACGUACACGCCGCCCGAGCCCCAGCUACCGAAACUACGCAAAGACUUUACACCACAGGAACUACGAGCCUACGAUGGCACACAACCGGACGGCAGGAUAUUGGUCGCUGUGAACGGCAUCGUCUUCGAUGUAACCAAAGGCAAACGCUUCUAUGGCCCCGGUGGGCCUUAUGCGGCUUUCGGCGGAAGAGAUGCCAGUCGUGGCCUGGCCACAUUCUCUGUCUCAGCGUCCACAGAGGGUUAUGAUGACCUCAGUGACCUAUCCCCAAUGGAAAUGGAUGGUGUACGAGAAUGGGAGGCACAAUUCAAAGAAAAGUAUGACAGAGUCGGAAAACUAUUGAAGCCCGGCGAGCAACCCACAAACUAUUCCGAUGAAGAAGAAGAACCGAGCAGCGCGCCCCAAGACAAAAAAGAGAAUUAAAUUUCCUGCGAGCAAAGAAAAUCUAAACUAAUAAAGAAUGGGUUAGAGGAACCUUCAUCCAAGAAGUUUUAUUAAGCAAGUAUCAUUUUACAGCUGCGUCCGAACCAACACAACAUCUACGGGGGAAGAGGGACGUCAUACUUACUUUAUAAUUGUGAAAGUCUGAUUCUUGUACUAUAUUUUUUUAUCCGAUACUAUCUUACACGCUAUACCCCAUGUUUAAGUUUAAGUUUUAAAUGAAAUACACGGAAAACACAUUUUAAUGGGGUGUCAACGCAGAGACAACUAACAACAAAACAUAAAAAUCAGAUGUAUCAUAAAUUGUGUAUGCGCGCCUGCGACUUUUAAGAAAUUAAUGUAACAUAUUUAUAUUGUAUAUUGAGGUGCAAGGUGUUUUUAUGAUAUCCGGUUUCGUUUGAUUCAUACGCUGCUCUCCAGUUAAAGAAGGUGUACAUUUAUCGCAUUUAUGUACUUGUUAAUUAUGUAAAUGAUGUAAGGCUUUGCAAUUUCUCGGUUUACGUCUAAAUUUUGUUAUCGAUUGUUUUUAUAACGAAGUAAAUCAUAUGUACCGCUUAUGUUGUUGUGGUAAUGAAAGUAAAAAGUAUCUAUUUUAUAGAAGGACAAA